ACUUAAAACCCAAACCAUCACAAUCCGUGCAGUUACUCUUUCGUCCUUGUUGAUGGCAUAUACUCUUUCGUCCUUGUUGGCUCGCCAGUUUUCUCUGCAACCCGGCAGCCACAGCGGUUUCCACCGGUUCCCGUCUACUAGCUGUCUCCGUCAUUCCCUAAGCCUCCAUAAACCUCCCCGGCGACGAUUGGCUUCUAAAUCCAGCAACGAUGAAUUUGCAUCUCGGAAUUGGCACAAAGCAGAUAAACCGGAUUCCGAUUCCGCUCCCGCACAGAACGAUCCAGGAUCCGAAAGGACAAGACCUGGAUUUCGUCAAUGUCUGUCACAGUCACCUCACCCACUCCGACUGGAAAAACCUCGAAUCGUUAGCACCCAUGCUUACCCCUUUCAGAGUGAAGCACGUUCUGCUGAAAUCCCAGAAGGAUUACGUGCUCUCCCUCGAGUUCUUCAAUUGGGUAGAAGACCUCAAAGCCCCCAAUUUGCAAACCCUAGAGUCCCGGUCGAUCGUUCUCCAUGUCCUUACCAAGAACAAGAAGUUUAAGUCCGCGGAAUCAGUUGUGAGGAAGUUUCUAGAAUCAGCCCCUUCAGAUGUUGGUCUGCCCGGAAAGCUCUUCGAUUCAGUUCUUCAUACGUACAGGAUGUGUGAUUCUUCCCCUAGGGUUUUCGAUUCCUUGUUUAAAACCUACGCGCACAUGAACAAGUUCAGGAAUGCCACGGAUGUGUUUUGCGGCAUGAGGGAAUACGGGUUUCUUCCCACUGUCGAGUCUUGCAAUGCUUAUCUUAGCUCGUUGAGUGGGUUAAACAGGGCAGACAUUGCUUUGGGGUUUUACAGGGAAAUGCAGAGGUCUAAGAUCUCGCCCAACAUGUAUACUCUGAAUAUGGUCAUUGAAGCAUUCUGUAAAUCAGGGAAACUGGAAAAGGCCAUUGAAGUUUUUAGAGGAAUUGAGAGCAUGAAUUUGAAGCCCAACGUUGUGUCGUUCAACACUCUGAUCGCCGGACACUGUAGCAAUGGACUACUUGGUGCUGCCAUGAAGCUCAAGAACGCAAUGGAGAAGAGCGGGAUUCCUCCAAAUAAUGUCACUUUUGGGACGCUGAUCCAUGGGCUAUGCAAGGAAGGGAAAAUGAACGAGGCAAUUAAGCUUUUUGGUGAGAUGAAGAGGGUCGGCGUGGCUCCAACCGUUGUUACUUACAACACAUUAAUCAAUGGGUACAGCCGAGUGGGCAAAAGUGAGGUUGGUAAUCAACUCUAUGAAGAGAUGUGGAGUAGGGGAGUGAAACCUGAUAUCUUGACCUACAAUGCGUUGAUUUUGGGGUAUUCCAGGGAGGGGAAGACAAAGAAAGCCGCGCAUUUGGUGAAAGAACUUGACAAGGCAGGUCUGGUUCCCAAUUCGGCUACCUUCUCUGCCCUGAUAACCGGACAGUGCGCAAGAAAGAACCCGGAUCGCGCCUUCCAACUCCUUGGGAGUAUGGUGAGGGCAGGUUGUCACCCGAACGAACGCAUUUUGAGCGUGUUGGUUUCUGCCUUCUUCAAGAACGACGACUGUGAUGGAGUGGUGCAAGUCUUGAAAGAGAUGCAGGUGAGAGGUUUCCGAGUCGACUCGGUUGUUGUGUCUGAGAUUAGGGAUGGGCUAUGGGAAUGUGGUAAAGAGGAAGUAGCCAGCAAGGUGCUCAGGGAGAUGGAAGCUAGAGGCCUCUUGCCCAAAGGUUGUGACCAAACUGGUAUGAAUCCUUCUAUGUCUAAUAGAGUGAAAUGUGAUUUAGACUUGACAUAAAAAAAAGUGAAAAGAAGGGUAGUACAAAACUAGGAAUUGUAAAGAUAAUCAUGAUGAGAGGAGAGUAUAUAUUGUGCUUUAAAAAUUUUCUUCCUCAUUUGGUUUUUCUUGGUACCCUAAAAACCAAGUGCCCAUUUGAGAGCAACUAUAACCUUUUAGAUUUGCCAUUUUAUAAAAGUUAUCUAGUCGUAACAUUUAACUUUAAAAUGUUCAAAGUUAAAAUUUCAUCAUCUCGGAUGGAUCUCUAAACUGUCUGUGCUUCUUUAAUUAAUGAAGUAGCAGUUAGUUAAGCAAUGCAACUUUCGACGUUGAGCCGGGGGUCUCUUUGGAAACAGCCUCUCUACUUUCGAGUAGGGGCAAGGUCUGCGUACACACACCCUCCCCAGACCCUACUUUUGUGGGAUUUAACUGGGUUG